AUGAACCUCUUCAAAUCCUUGUUGUUUGUUUCAUUGCUUGCAUUAUUAUUCAGUGCUGCAAUUGUAUUUGCUGCUGAAACGGAAGCAGUGAAAGGAGGAGCCAAGAAAUCUCAACCACCCGUCAAGAUCAAUAUUCCAAAACCUCUAUUCAGGAAGAUUUUCAAGAACAAGACCGUUGCUCGUCUCACCAACAAUUUCAACAAGACUUCCAGAAAGAUUAAGAAGGAAGUGAAGAAGGCAACCAAGAAAGCAAAGAAGGCCCUCAAGAAGGCUCAAAAGAAAGCCACCAAAAAGGCUAAGAAGGUAUUGAAGAAACUCAUCUCCAAGUGGUUGACAUGGAAGAGACUCUCCAAGAGAUUCUUUGCCAAGUAUAAGACGGCAUAUAAGAAGGCUCGUCGUUUCACCCGCAAAGUGGGCGGAAUUAUUGCCAAGAAAUACAGAACAAAGGCAAGAGCUUUGAAGAGAAAGGCCAAGAAGUGUCAAAGAAAGGCAAGAAAGUUGAAGAAACAAGUAAAGAAGGCAAAGAAGGCAGUGAAGAAGGCUGCCAAGAAGGCUGUUAAGAAGAUUCAAAAGAAGGCUGCUCGUAAAUUGAGUCUCAAGAGAAGACAAUUUAAGAAACUCAACAAGGUUUUGAAGAAGUUGUUGGUUUUGAAGAAAAAGUUAGGAAAGCAAUGGUCACUCAAGUCCGUUCCAGACAAGAUUAAACUUUUGGCUGGAAAGUUGAAGAUUGUGAGAGGAAAGUGCUCCAUCAAGAGAAAGAUUGAAAAGAAGAAGCAAGAAAAGAAGGCCAGAAAGACUGCAAAGAAGGUCAAGAAGGUUGGAAAGAAGUGCACCAAGCAAGCUAAAAAGCAAGAAAAGAAGGCCAAGAAGUCGGUCAGAAAGGCCAAGAACAUUAUUAAGAAGGCCAAGAAGUUGAUCAACAAGAAGGGUAGCAAGAAGCUCGUGAAGAAGGUCAUUAAGAAGGCCAUCAAGAAGGCAAAGAAGGCAGUUAAGAGAGCAAAGAAGGCCGUUAAGAAUGCAAAGAAGGCCGUUAAGAAGGUCAAGAAGAUCAAGAGAAAGGUUGAAAAGAAGCUCGAUCGAGUUGUCAAGAAGGUGAGAAAGGCCCUUCGUCGCAAUAAGAGAGUUGUAGUCAAGAAGUGCCAAAAGAACAUUAAGAAGUUAAGAAAGUUGUUGAAGAAGGUGAAUAAGAAGGUCAAAAAGGCUGUGAAGAGACUCAAUACGAUCACCAAGAAGGCCAAGAAGACCAUCCGAAAGGCUAAGAAGGUUAAGAAGCAAGCAAAGAAGGUUCUCAGAAAAAUUUCCACUAAGAACAAGGGAGGAGUAAUUGUCAAGCUCAUUAGAAGAUUGAACAAACUCCAAAAAUGCAAGAAUUAA